AUGAAUGAUAGAACGUAUGGAUCCGUUGCAGACACUGGUAAAUCCACAAGACAGACAAAUGAGUCAUGUGGACACACCGAUGAAUCAAAUAGACACACCAGUCAAUCAAAAGGACACACAAACGAAGGCAUCAAUGUGGAACUGGAUGAUAUGAAAGUGAAUGGCAUCAAGACUGGCGAUGAGGCUGAUUUCUAUGAUGUGAAUUCCAAAGAAAACGAAGGCAUCAUCAAAGUCAAGAGAGAAAAGAUGUUAAUGUCAAGACUUUUCAAGUAUAAGAUGGCCAAAACUCUUUUGAUCGUCAUUUCUUGGGUCGUUAAUGGGAUGCUGCUGUCGAUCCGCUAUCCCACAAUGCCUGACCUGCGUGCCCGUCUAGGAGUGAACUACGAGGAGCUCUCAAGGGCAUUGAUAGGACGUGAUGUAGGCUGGGCUAUGGGAUCCUUCAUUGCUGGCAUCACAUAUGAUAAAUUCCAGAGCACUUGGGACUUGCAGCUUGCAGUCGGAUUCUUCUUAGAAGCACUAGCUGUUGGGAUUAAACCAUGGUGCAAUGGUUUGGUGUUACUCGGCCUGUCCUACUGGGUGGAAGGUGUGGCACACGGGCUGUACGGAUUAGUUGGGAAUGCAAUGAUGAUUGCCUUAUGGGGAAAACAUACCCCUUCACCAAUGCAUUCGAUGCACUUCGGUUGGAGGACUGGUGCUUUUUUGGCUCCGACGAUCGCCUACCCAUUCCUAUCUGGACGUAUCGAAGUCCCCAUGUUGAUAAACUCCACGGCGAAUUCUGGAACAUUAAACACGACAUAUACAAUGCCUACAAAUGGCACCGGAUUUAUCUUGACAGAAUCUGAGAUUAUCUACCCAUAUUUGAUCACCGGUGUCCUUGGAUUACUUGCCUCACUAGCGUACCUUGUAUUUUUCAUUGGGCCCCGUCCCCCUGGGAUUAAGUACACAAACACAGCCAAAAGUCGACAACUGAAGAAAUUCUUGUCACCUGCGUCCUGUGCUGGCGGUAACAUGAGUUUUGGCGUAUUAAUGAUGAUUUGUCUAACGUCUUAUUACUUCUUUGUUGAACAAUUAGGCAAUGUUUUCGUGUCAUUCCAAACCGCUGUUGCAACAAAAAAUCUCAACAUGACAGAACAGGAAGCCGCCCUGGUUAAUAGUGCGUCUACUGGGACUGGCAUAGGCGCGCACUUUCUCAUGAUUCUACUGGCAAAAUGUAUCCCGAUGCCGUUGUUGAUCUUCGGCGAGAUGCAUGGUAUUCUAGCAGUGAGUGCCGCAGCAAUAUUCAUUGUCCUUAAUGACGUACAAGGAUUCUGGAUCUUGAGUUGCGCCUUUCGUUUCUUCAGCGCUGCAUUAUGGGCUGGUGGAAUGGCCUGGUCAGAAAAUUACAUCGAUAUCACUGGAGCGGCUAUCAUGCUUUGGGACAUAGGGGCAGGGGUUGGAGGUGUUUUGUUUAAUUACCUUGGUGGUUAUCUCUUGACCAAUCACGGGGCUAGUGCAAUACUGUGGCUUGACUUUGGUGGCGCAGUGACGAUGUGCGCCCUCCUAUACGUAACACAAGUAGUCAUGUCCCACCAUGGACACAAGUAUAGAAAAGAUUGAUCCGGUGUGAAAGAAAUGAUGGUCCCCCAGGGAUUAUGGUCCCCUUUCUUAACGGCCCUUACUGGCCCUGAUUGUGUAUAAGAUAAUGAGGGA